AGAGAGCAAUGAAGAAAAACCAAAAAUAAGGGGAAAGGAAGAAAGGGAGAAGAAGAAGAACCCAUUUGCAUCUUUUCUUGACCAAACCCAGAAAAGAAAAUGCCUUCAAGACCUUUAUCUCCAAGCUCAAGCUCCUUGGUCAAUAGAACAAGAGUAAUCUUCUUGAUCCUCAUCAUCUCAUCCUCUCUGGUUAUUCUGUUUACCAUUCUUUACUUUCUGUACUAUCUAUGGAGUUCUCUUUCAAACAGUGCAAGAACAAUCCCUUUUGAUUCUAGUGCUCCUCUGAAGCUCCAGAGGUUCUCAUACAAGGAGCUUAAGAAUGCCACAAAUGAUUUUGAUGAGGCCAAUGUUAUUGGGAAAGGUGGUUCUGGUACUGUCUUUCGUGGCAUUGUUCAAGAUGGGAAGCUCUUCGCCAUCAAAAGACUGGAUACCCUGUCUCUGCAGACUGAGAGGGAGUUUCAGAAUGAGUUGCAGAUUCUUGGAGGGUUAAGAUCUCCAUUUUUGGUGACCCUUUUGGGAUAUUGUGUUGAAAAGAACAAGAGGUUGCUGGUUUAUGAGUAUAUGCCCAACAAAAGUCUGCAGGAAUCUCUGUUUGGAGAUGGGAAUUUAAGCUUGAAUUGGCAGAGGAGAUUUGGUAUCAUUCUUGAUGUGGCUAAAGCGCUUGAGUUUUUGCAUUUUGGGUGCGACCCUCCAGUGAUUCAUGGGGAUAUUAAGCCUAGUAAUGUCCUGCUGGAUUCAGAUUUUAGGGCCAAGCUUUCUGAUUUUGGACUGUCAAGGAUAAAGGUGGAAGGUGAAUUUGGGGUGGAUUUGUUCAGCCAAGAUUUGGGGAGGAGUCAAGAGCUAUGGAAGAGCCAAGAGCUGUCUGGGAAUUUGGGAGGGACAGGUGAACACACUCCAGCAAUCGGCACUCCUGUGGAGAGUAAUAAUGAGGUAGACUUUGCUCUUGCGUUACAAGCUUCUUCUUCAUCCAAAAACAGUAAAAAGUGUUAUAAUGUUUGUUCUUUGAACCUGAAUUCCUUCAAUUAUAAUGCUAGCAUAGCGCGUGAAGGUGAUUGUAAGGGUGUGAGUGGAAAGGGGAAGGAGAUUAGUAGUAUGGAUGUUGGAGGGGAUGAUUGGAAUAAUAAGUUUGUGCCUUAUGAUGAUGAGUUUGGUAGUGUUGAAAAUAGUGAGUUGAACUGUAGUGCUAAUUUGGUUGCUGAUGAGGCAGCAAGUACAAAACAAUGGGGAAAGGAUUGGUGGUGGAGGCAGGAUGGAAGUGGUGAAUUAUGUAGUAAGGAUUAUGUUAUGGAGUGGAUUGGGAGCCAGAUAUGUCCAUCAACAAAUCCUGAUUGGGAUGAUGAGUCGAAAAAGGCCAACCUGGAGAAAAUUCGGUUGGAUAAUUCAACUCAGUUGGAGAAGUAUGAUGAUGUUCAUCAACCCCAUGUUCAAAAAACUUUGAAUAAGGGUUCUAAGAAGAAAGAAUCAAAGAGUAGAAAAAAUCAAAAAAAGAAGCAUAGAAAGAUGCAGGAAUGGUGGAAAGAAGAGCACUUGGCUGAGAUGAGCAGGAAGGGAAGUAAGAUGAAAAAUCUUGAGACAAAGUGGAAGAAAGGCUUUAAAAUUCCACAUUUUGAUGUUGGUAGACGGUUUUAUUUCCAUAGGAGAAAGAAGUUCGGGGAACAGAAUCAAGAUGACUGUGAUGCAAAUGGAGAGUUCAGUUUCAGAAGAGGAUGGAGGAAGAAGAACAACAAUUCUGUUGGAAGUGACAUGUGGAGUGGAGAUCUUUUUAGUCGAGAACUAAGCAGCACGACAAGCAUGAGGGGAACUCUGUGCUAUGUUGCACCAGAGUAUGGUGGAUGUGGAUACUUGAUGGAGAAGGCAGAUAUAUACAGUUUAGGGGUUUUGAUCCUUGUGAUUGUAUCUGGUAGAAGGCCAUUGCAUGUUCUUGCUUCACCCAUGAAGCUUGAAAAAGCAAACUUGAUAAGCUGGUCUAGGCACUUAGCUCAAUCUGGAAACGUAUUAGAACUUGUAGAUGAGAGACUGAAAGAUGAGUAUAACAAGGAGCAAGCCAGCUUGUGUAUAAACUUGGCACUUAGUUGCCUACAGAAAAUGCCUGAAUUGCGGCCAGACAUUGGAGAGAUUGUAAGGAUCUUGAAAGGGGAGAUGGAUCUCCCACUACUCCCUUAUGAGUUCUCUCCCUCUCCGCCUUCAAAAUUAUACAGCAGAUCAAGGAGAAAACACAAGGCAAAUGCAGAUUAGUUUCAGUACAAUCCUUCUGGUUUUGCUUCUUCUUUCUUGUCAGGUUGGUGUUUUUGAUGAGUGUAAGAUGAUAGGAAGCUCGCUCUUCAAUGCAUAUUUGGGAAGCUGAAUGUUCUAUUGAGAAUUAUCUUAUUAUUGUAAGUAUGUACCUUGAAUGAAUGAAUUUCACUCUCCAUUCAACUAGACACCAUUUCUACAUAUAUGUUCUGCAGCUUCUGCCCUUACAUUUUAUAAUUGUAAUAACUGUUAUGUGGUCUUAGGGAUUUCAAAAAUCCACUUAUCUGAAAGAAUCAAACUCAGAUAUUUGUGGGGUACAUGUGGGGCAAAAGAGCAAGCUGUUAUGUUCAUGUUAUGAUAAUGACAAAGGAAAUUGCCCUCGAAUCUGGGGUUGAAUUUGAGUACUGUAUUCAAUGUGCAUUAAUAGAUACAGGUUCUACUU